AUGCUAGUGACUCGCUCCCACAAGUUCAACGACCGCAUCCACGUCAAUCUCCCUCAUGGCGGUGUUGCCGAGUCAGAAGAGCAUCAUCUCCCCAAAUUCUUCUCCAAGACUGGCUUUGUCGGCGAGGACCCUACCAAGACGAAGAAGAACGGCGGUGGAAGGGGCAAUUGGGGCCGACAAGGCGAAGAACUUGAAGACUACGAAUAUAACAUGGCAAACCCACGCCGUCGAUCCAACUCCAGCACCCACCAGAUCAAAGACUUCAAGACCAAGUUCGAGACCGUCGAGCCCGAGCCCGUAUUCGAAGAGGACCUUCACGGGGCUACCGGCGAGAACAUGGACCAGGAGAGCACUGCUUCCGGGUCGUCCAAGAGCAUCGAAGAGGAGGAUGUCAACAAGAAGGCCUAG